UGUUUUUUUUAAAGCUGCAACUUGAUUUUCUGGGAGUGGGUAUGGGCCAGUUUUUUGCUCCACAGAUGGGUCUUUCGGAGGUGAGAGCAUGUGAGCUUGGCUGCAUCAGAUAGUUCAGUGAGCUGCUGAGGUCUUAGUGUGGAGGACUUGCGACAUGGGCUGAGCUCCUGUGAUGAGUAGUUUCUCCUGAAAGCUGUUGAAUAUUCCGAGGAUGGACGACGGAAAACGGAGACGGAUGAAACUUAAUUUAUCGGUUAAACUGUAAUUAGAUAGAUUCACCUUUUUGCACGCGGAAAGCGCACGCGCACUGGCACGAGACAACAGCGGAGCUUUUGAGCGCACCAAAUUGGAGUUCAAGCGUCGGCCAAAAUUUCACUAAAUUGACCUCCAUUGUUUCAGCUGGAUCUCCUCCCCGUCCCUCCGUCCCCCCACCGGACAAUGUGGCUCCCCCGUCUGGCGGCGCUGCUGCUGCUGCUCCGGUUCUCCGGUGUGUUGUUGGUGGAGGGCUUCAACACGUGCCACUCCAUCAACCUGGACGCGCAGAAGUCCCGGCGCAUCGAGGCGGUCCGCGGGCAGAUUCUCAGCAAGCUCCGCAUCCGCAGCCCGCCGGCCAAGGACGAGGCCCCGUCGCCGGGCUCCGUGGCCCCGGAGAUCAUGCUGCUCUACAACAGCACGCGGGAGCUGCUGAAGGAGCGCGCGCGCCAGGCCGAGUCCGCGUGCGAGCGCGAGAGCAGCGAAGAGGACUAUUAUGCCAAAGAGGUGCAGAGGAUCGACAUGCUGCCCCCCCGCACCGACACAAAUGCGGUGCAGCCAGUGACCCCCGACCCCCAUUACAGAGUCGUCCACUUCGACGUCAGUGGCGUGGACCUGACCAACAGCACCCUGGUCAAGGCUGAGUUCAGGAUCUUCAGAGCUCCCAACCCGCAGGCCCGGGCUUCAGAGCAGAGAGUGGAGAUCUAUCAGCUGCUGAAGCCAGAUGAAGAGAGCACCUCCACUCAACGUUACAUUGACUCCCGCACCGUUCAGCCGAAGACGAAGGGAGCAUGGAUCUCUGUGGACGUUACCGAAACCAUUAAGGACUGGGUGUCAGAUCCAGAGAACAAUCUUGGCCUGAAGUUGGGCAUCCACUGUCCGUGCUGCACAUUUGUCCCGUCAACCAACAACAUUGUUCCCAACAAGAGUGAGGAGCUGGAGGCUCUCUUUGCAGGUGUUGAUGACGAGCUGCUUCGUCAGUUGAGAAAGCCCGGUCAGGUUAAAGGCCAGGCAGAUUUCAGCACCAAGACGCCGCACCUCAUCCUCACAGUGCUGCCCAGCGAAAGAGUGGACAACCCGACCAAGAAGAACCGCAAGAAGAGGGCGGCCGCCACAGAAACCAAAACCUGCUCCCGUGGCUCAGACCAGGGCUGCUGCCUGCGCUCGCUCUACAUCGACUUCAGGCGGGACCUCAACUGGAAGUGGAUUCACGAGCCCAAAGGUUACAAAGCCAACUUCUGUUCCGGCAACUGCCCUUACAUCUGGAGUGCCAACAACCACUAUAACAUGAUCCUGCCCCUGUACAACAAGCUGAACCCUGAGGCCUCCGCCUCGCCCUGCUGCGUCCCUCAGGACCUGGAGCCCCUCACCAUUAUGUACUUCAUAGGCCGCACACCGCGUGUUGAGCAACUCUCCAAUAUGGUCGUCAAAUCCUGCAAGUGCCGCUGAGUUCAGCGGAAGAGGUGAGGGAGGAGAAUGAUUACGGGACCACAACUACAAACUGUUUUGUUCGGGGUCGGGUUAAAGACGGGAGGACAGACGGACCCUUUGUUCAUUAAUCUUCUCUUUUGAUCACCUUUAGCAUAUUUUUGAGAUGUUAUAUUUUUACUCAAAUAUCACAUUCUUUACAGGCAUGAAAACUUCUGCAUUAUCUGGAACUUUGCGUUUGAUAUAGGAUCCACUGUAAAUAUCACAACAUAGCUGUAUUAAACCUGUACUUGGAUAUUAAAAGGGGGUGUUGUGUGAUU